GCAUACAAAAUAUGAGCUCCAAGAAUUAUUACACCUGGAAAUAUCCGGACAUACCUGAAAAUGUAGAGUCUAUGCUAUCGGAGCUGAAAACCUCGCUGGUAGUUGUCGGCGUUAUUGGACGCUCGAAAUGUUCGCAGGCGAACAAAAUGAGCGCCUUCGAUAUGAAGCCGGAUAGGUCUCAUGAGCCGGCGGAUGGACAGAUUCUAUGCUAUUAUAAGCCAGGCACCAAUACGCUGAUGCUGCACUUUGAAACCACCCAUGACCAGGUGAUACUAGGUCAGCAGCUUCUAAGUCAAACGUCUAUUGACUUCGACAGCUUUUACGAGCAAAUGCGCAGCCAAUUUGUACGCAUUAUGCUGCUAGCUCUGCACGUGUGUCACAUCUUGGUGUAUGUUGAGACCGCAGAGACAUUCGACACCACACUGGUGACCAUCUGCCAGCUGCUAAAGUAUGUACGCGAGCAGCAUGUGCUGGAAUUCCUACCUCAAUUGCUGCGCGAAACAGCAGCAGGAACAAUACUCGGCGACAGAGCACGCGUCUGCACGCCGCGUGUUCUCUUUCUCUUUGAAAACUAUCCACAGGAUGAGGAAAAGACGCGUGAACUUAUAUCCAGCUAUGAGUUUAAGACGGAAGACAAGAUUUACCAGCUACUGCGUCAAUACAAUAUCUUAACCAACAACGCCAACAAUUCGCUGCUGGCGCUGCCCAACAACAAGCAAUUUGUGUUCUACAAUGCCCACGAGGAGUUGCGUCCGGAUCAUCUGUUGCAUGCAGUUAAUGCGCUCAACUUGACCAUGCACAAGCCGGAUGCCAAAGAAGAGGAAGAAGACUUGGAAAUUCUAUCGCUCGCCCCAUUCGAGGGCUUUGUCAAGCCCUUUGGGCAGGAUUAUGAAGCGCGCGAGUCCAAGGAGAAUUUGUACAAGACAAAACAUACAAUUUGGCAUUUUAUGCAGCGUCAUGUGCAGGAUGCUCUACAGGGAUACUUUGACGAAGGCUCCUUUAAGCAGUUGUCGCAAUCGCCUCCAUUUCAUCUGCUCAGCUGUAAGGAUUGGCACAUCUGCAUGGAUGCCAUAUACAAGCUGCUAAUCGAAAAUGUUCAGGAAACUAGCUACGUAACAAAUAAUCUAAAUUAUCAAGCCUAUCUGCGGGACUUCAAUGAUAGUCUGAACUACGAGAAAAAAUUCUGGUGCCAUCUGUGUGAACUGGGCUUAAAGAAAGCCGUAUCUGCCUAUAGGCAUGCUGCGCCUGCCAUAUAUGGCAGCACCACCCACAGUCAGCUGCUGGCGGAUGCCACACUUGCCUUUGAGGAUGACGGACGUGGUCCAUACGUAGAGCUGGCGUUAGCCAAACUUAGCGAUAUUUGCCUAAAGUACUGGCACGACGGCAGACAGCAAUGUGAACAGCUCAGCCUGCGCGGCCAUCCCUGCACUCUGGCCAAGGAUGUCGCACAUGAUAAGCAUAACAGCGGCAUUGUGCACGUCUCCAGCUGUAAUUGUGGACGUACGCAGGGCAGGCGAGAGGAUCCGUUCACGCUGCGGCAGGCCAACUUUGAUUAUUAUGAACAAAUGGCUCCCAUGUGCAAUUUAUGCGUCAAGGUUAAAAAGUUUCAGUUUCCCUUGUUUACGCCGUCAAUUAGUGAUUAUCGAGCGGCGGCAUUUGAGGCCGCCUUCCCGCUGCUACUGCAAGCUACCAAAAACCGCACCGAGCCAACCGCUCAGGACGAUAGCGAUCUAGAUGCCGAUGUAGCUGAAGAACAAUAUUCUCAGCCAAUCAAAGAAGCCGAACAAGCGCCACCGAAGCAACAUCAAGCAUCAGGCGAUUGCUGCUCGCAACCUCUGUCGGCAACUUAUGGCUCCGACUUGAACAUGUCCAUAGCUGGCUUUGGCGAUUCGCUUCACGAGGGCGAGGAGGUGGACUCUCCCGAAAUCAGCUCACAGAUAUGCAGUAGUGGCCAGAGCAGUCGUAGCAACAGCACUAGCAGCGGCACUUCGAGUGCCAACACGGAAAACGAGUUGGUGCUGCAGCUCAAAGAGCGCACUGAUCAGGAGGUUUCCAACGACGCACAAGGCGAGAGUUUUCCCGAAUCACAAUCGGCUGUGUCGAUGCCUGAGCUAGUCUCAACCACGGAAUAUCUGCCUGGACUGGUGCAUAUGUACAGCGGCUGUGAGCUGCUGCCGCUAUUCCCCAGUUGGUCGCUAGCUUGUGUGGGGCCCAGUUCCAUUUACAGUCACAACACCGGGCUGCAGGAGCACUUCCAGAGCGGUUUUCUAUCUGGCGCCAAUUUUUUGCUGCCCUGGGAUGUGCACGUGCGCCUACUCCAACCGCACCAUAAGCACCCCCAGCAGCAGCAGCAACAGCUGAUGGGCAAGAAGAGUCAGCGCUAUCGCAAGCAAGGCGAUCGUCUGGCCCUCAAGAUCUUCGUGGGCUUCGAGUACGAGUGCUCGCGUGGUCAUCGCUUCAUGAUGUGCAGCCCGGACCGCGUGCUGCGCGGCGGUGCGGACAUUGAACGCGACACCAGCAGCAAAGUGGUCAACAACAAUAUGCCAUUGUACUUUCCCUGUCCGUGUCGCGGACAGGUUACUUUCCUGGCGCAGUUAAUGCGCAUUCAUGUGGUCACGCCUAAGGCGCCCGUUAACAUCAUUGUCGAUCCCAAGGUGCGUGUGGGCAAAUACACCUUCACAUUGGGCUGUGCCAUAUUGCCGCGCCUCUCGCAAAGUGCCUACUGGAUGCUACGCUUUCCCUACGUCUACCAGGGCGACGAUGUGCUCAUAGCGCCACCGGCUAGAUUCGAGCCAGAAGAUCCAUUGGCUAGCGGAUGUCUACUGGCUGGCAUGUUUGGCAUUGCCGAAACCGAAACCAUCGAUGCGAAUCAACCAGCUGCUGGAGGAGCUCCACUCAACUUUACAAGACUCUAAUCAAUUUGUGCAUAUAAUCAAUUAAAUUGAUUUCAUAACUUAAUGUAAAUGGUGUGAGAUUAAAGAUAGGGCUAGAUGUCAAAACCAGUUGUAGAAUAUAAAGAUAGUAGUGGCUUAAGAGCUGCCCGUCACUGCUCGGCUCUUCCUCCUCUUCUCUGCUCUCUUAUUUUCUCUGCCUUAGAAGCAUUGCUAGAGAGAGCUAUGAUUGAAAUUGUAAAGAUUAAAGAUUGUCUUCCCCCCAUCUCCUCAAGAUAUCUUGCAUUAAAUAAAGUACAUAGCUUUAAUCUGUUUAAGGUAACGAUUAAUGUAAUCUCUUCAGGGGCCGCACAGUAAUGAGCGGUGUUUUGUUUGCAAUUGGGGGAAAAAGUAUGACCCACAAUUCAGUGUGGGGCAUUGGAUAAAUGAACAGCAUACAGUAGGUAGCUUAAUACUAAAGUAUAAUACCAUUUAAAGUGGUGCAUUCGAAUGGACAUGUACUUGCGCAGAGCUCUGACUGAGAUAAUCUUAUAGAUACUGUAAGCUGAUAUGCGAGAGAUGGUUAGCAACCGAUGGAAGUUGAAGCUUCUGCAAGCUGCAAGUGACUAUUAUAGAUGGGGUUAAACUUAAACAUAAAAGUCUAUAGAACAAUUAAAUAUAUGUAAGAGCUCUGCUAGGUACUUCAGGUUAAUGUCGCUGGUGUUGUGUGUUGUGUGUUGCAUGAAAGUGACAAUGAUUUAAAUACCGUAAGCAAUAUAAUAACUAUGGCCA